CCAGAGCCGGAGCCAGAGCCGGAGCCCAGAGCCGGAGCCGCGGACGCAGGAGCCGCUCCACAUGCGCCAAACAGGAGCCUCCUGCGCACACGGGACUAACCUUUUACUGCGGCUUUUCUCAACCUUUUUUUUGUUUUGUGGCUACGAUCCGGUUUAAAGUGAAAAUGGAGAACGGAGACAAAUACCUCCCCGAGCUGCAGGCGGAGAAGGACACGCUGGACACGUCCUUUACGCACUCCAUCAAACUUUUGACCGCAGAAAUCGACAGAAUCCAGAAAGGCGAGACCAAAAAGGACUCGGAGACGUACUUGGACCUGUUCACCACAAAAAACAUCAAACUCAAAGAACGAGUGCUCAUACCGGUCAAACAGUACCCCAAGUUCAACUUCGUGGGGAAGAUUCUGGGACCUCAGGGCAACACCAUCAAACGUCUCCAGGAGGAAACUGGAGCCAAGAUCUCAGUCCUGGGCAAAGGCUCCAUGAGGGACAAGGCCAAGGAGGAGGACUUGAGAAACGGCGGCGAGCCCAAAUACGCCCACCUGUCGAUGGAGCUGCACGUUUUUAUCGAGGUGUUUGCCCCGGUGCCAGACGCCUACCUCCGGAUGGCACACGCCAUGGAGGAGGUCAAGAAGUUCCUGUUCCCGGACAUGAUGGAUGAAAUCUGUCAGGAGCAGUUCAUGGAGAUGGGCUACCUGAACGGAGGGCAGGAGCACGGGGCCCGGGGCCGCGGGGGCAUGCCGGGGAGGGGCCGCGGAGUGCCCCCUGGAGCCGCACACAGGGGUCGGGGGAUGCCUCCGCGAGGAGCAGCCAGAGGAGGAGUGAGCCGUGGCGGCCCCGCCAGAGGAGGUGCGGGGCGGGGGGCGCCGGCGGGACGGGGAGCGCCCGCCGCGCCCGCCAGAGGAACGGCCGCUCCCAGGGCCAGGCCCCCCGCCGCCGGACCCCCGCAAAGGAUGGCACCGCCCCCUCAUCAGCACACGACCGCCGCCGCCACCGACAACUACGAGGACUAUGGUUAUGAUGACAGUUACACAGAUUCCUGCUACGAGUCGUACGACAACUACUACAGCCAGCCCCAGGCAGAUUCAGAGUACUAUGACUACAGCCACGGCGACGCCACGGAGCCGUAUGACUCUUACGGUCAGGACGGCUGGAACGGCACCCAGAGGACCACCCCCGGAAAGGCCCCGCCCCCUUCCAGAGGAGCCAAGGCGCCGUACAGGGAGCACCCGUACCGGCAGUACUGAGGCCCGGACCGCGCCCGCCGCCCGCUCCGCCCGUCCACGCGGCAGCGCUCGCUUUAAGCAGCUCGACAAAAGUAAUUGUCAGUUUUGUCUUUGGUUUGAUCUUUUCCUACUUUCGGACUGAGAGCGAGACUCGGGAACUCAACACCGGAACUGUUUUCUGUGAGAUCUGACCUUUGACCCCUCCCCGUCCAUCGCUCCCCCUCCCACACCCAUGAACCAAAGCGGCUUGAAGUGGGUAGAGGACGAGCGGGUGUCCUUUUCGUUUCUUUACUAGUUUUUCUUUUCCUUUUCGUUCUUGCUGUUCUCCCUUUUUAACCCUCUGGCUUUUUUGCAAUGUUGAUCGUUCUUUUCUAACUGUUGGGAGUCCGACUUUUUAGUGGAAGUAGAUCUUGUAAAAUGAACCAAUUUAAAAUGUUCUAAUGUUAAUACUAAGAAAAUGUUGAGGGUCAGUUGCAGAUUCCCACUUAGGCUACAUUUCAAAAUUCUGUUAAUAUAGCGUCAAAUAAAAUAAAUAUUAAACUUUAACUGUAAAAUAAAACAAAAACGAAGCUUAAACGAUUAAUGUACAUUCUUUGACAAUGUCUUUCUUUUAAAUAGAUUUAAAACAAAUUGAUUUAGCUGCAGUCUUCAAUAUUUGUUACUGUUUGUAGAGUUUUGAAAUAUAGCCCAAAUAGACACUGUUGAGAUGGACUGUCCUCAAAUCCUCCAUUUGUUUCACUGUAAAAUCUUAACACUCUUGUUUGUAAAAGCACAUGGCUCUGCUCAAACCCUCAGGUCUUUAAUGGGACCUGGUGUUAAACUGCGGCUCAGGUCUUUAAUGGGACCUGGUGUUAAACUGCGGCUCAGGUCUUUAAUGGGACCUGGUGUUAAACUGCAUGCACCAAACUCCACAAAAGGAUUGGGACAAAAAUCUCCACAUGGGUCUUCUCUUUCCACAGAGAAGGGAUCCUGCAGCUCAGUCCUGUACAUAUUUAAAACAUUUUAACUGUAAUGAUUCUAGUCUGUGUGCCCUCUCCAUUAAAAUGCAUCAUGUGUAAGCUUGCCUAAAUAGGUGACUAAAUCUGUCCAAAAAUGU